GCCGAAUUCACUUCCCCGCAGUCUCCCAUCGUCACCACCACCACCCCGUGGUCCGCCCUGGCCUCGCCGCCGGCGCCCCUGGAAUUCUCCGCCGAGGGCCAGGGGCACACCAUAGACUUUGAAGAGCCCGUGGGCGAACCCCUGGCCAAGGUCCCCUUGGGCUCCAUAGUCAUCGUCACUGUGCAGAUCACAACACCCGACUCUCUGGACGCGACCACCGUGCGCGUCCUUAUGCCCGGCGGCUUGGAGCCCGUGGACCCCAACACCGCGGGCGGCUCCGCGGGAAUCUGCGAUUCACUGUUGAGAGACGGGGACAGCUUCAGCUCGUUUCCAAUCAACUGCCCAGAUCAGGAGACGCUGCCCUCCGCUGUCACCUUCCGCUACGACUUCCUGGACGCCGGCACACACGUCCUGAGCCUCCGCGCCGUGGCGGCCACGCCCGGCGCCUUCGGCCUGCCGCCCGCGUCCGCCUUCGUCAACUCCCAGCCGGAGCUCAUGGGCCUCAGCGCCGCGGGGACCUUUGAGGUGUGCGACGGAGAGGGCUGCGAGGCCGCGGCGCGGGAGGCCCCGCAGAGCCCCAAGGGCUGCCCUCAGGACUGCAAUGGCAGCGGGCUGUGCGACCUGGACGAGGGGACCUGCCUGUGCUUCGAGGGCUUCGAGGGGGAGGCCUGCGGGUCGCUGGCGGAGGC